AUGCUGAUCCUGACAUGUCCGGCCCAGCUGCAGCGCCUGGAGGGAGCCCUACGGAGGAGCCUGCCCUUCACCCUGCCGGUGCAUGGGGCCGUGAUGAACAUGAAUCGGGGCAACCCCGGGGACUUUGAGGCUGUGGUGGAUGCUUGGCCAGACUUCCGUGCAGUGCUGGCGCGGCGGCGUGGCAAGGUGCCGGCAGAUGACUGCUACAGGAACAUGCAUGCGGCUUUCUACCAUGACCUGAGCGCCUACCAGGCCCUGCUUGAGACCCCGGGUGUCCUACGCUGGGACACUGCCUUCCACAUCCUUGGGCUGCAGGAUGGAGUGGUGGCAGCAUCUCAGGCUGUGGCAGGGGCCAAGGGCAUCAAGCUGGAACUGUCAGAAUACUACACCUACCUGCACCCUGACCCCAGCACCAUGCCCGAGCCCCGGCUGGAUCCUGGCGUCCGAGUGGGCUCGCUGAGCCCUGCGCAUGCAGACCUGCUGGAUGCCACAUGGGCCUACGGAGGCAACACGCGGAGCCGCCACUACCUGGCUGAGAUGGUGGCGCGCUUCCCCAGCCUGUGCCUGCUUGAUGCCACUGCGCAGCCUAUCUGCUGGGUCCUGCUGGACGCCUUUGGCACCAGCGCGCAUGGCUACACCCUGCCUGCGCACCGCCGGCGCGGGCAUAUGCAGGCGCUCACCAUCCUGGCAGCCCGCCAGAGGCAAGCCCGCGGCUUCCCCAUUUUUGGGCACACGGCCCCAGGCAACAAGCCCAUGCAAUGGCUGCAGGAACAGCUGGGCUACCAGCGCCUGCCCAGUCCCUGCCACUUUGUGCUGCACAACCCUGAACUGGGCUGGACUGGGCCCUGAUC